AUGGACGAGUUUGUGACCUACUUUGAAGAGACGUGGUUGGUGGGCAACUUUGGUCCUAGACUAUGGAUCAUCUUCUCCUCAGAUGCCAGCAGUCCUAGGACCAACAACCACCUUGAAGGAUGGCACAACAAGUUGAAGCGAAUUGCAAGGAAAGCCCACCCCAAUGUGUUUGAACUCGUCAAAAUCUUCAAGCAAGAACAAUCAAGCACUGAAGUCAGCAUAGCUCAACUUGAAGCAGGAUCCCAGCCACCUAAAAGAGCUAAGAAGUCUGUUGAAAAAGACAAUAAAAUAGGAGAGAUAAAAAGUAGAUUUGAUCAAAUUAGUUUAGAAGAGAAUAUUAGAGGAAUUUCUGCUCAUACUGCCAUUUGA